CACCAGGUCAGCUGAUUGCUAAGCAGAUGGGUUGUGUGGGGUUUCUAACAAGUCUAAAGGAAACAGCUCAACAGUGCUGUUGACACUCAGUACUGGACAGCAUCAAGUCAACAGCAGUGGAAGAUCUGAGCAGCAGAUAUCUAAAAACUGCAAAAUGGAUUUUUCAUUUGAUUAUGACUAUCCUAUAGACUAUAACUACAGUGAGGUCAAUGACACCCCACACGAGGCGUCAGUUUUUCAGCACAAAGCGUCAUGUUUACAUGAAGUCUUGUGUGUGUCUAUACUGGUGGCCAGUGUGGUGAUUUUUCUGCUGGGCUUUUGCGGAAACGCUCUGGUCAUCUGGAUUUCUGGCUUCAAGAUGAAGAGGACGGUCAACACCACUUGGUACCUGAGCCUCGCCAUCUCUGACUUCGUCUUCUGCGUCUUCCUCCCGUUCAGCAUCACCAACAUGGUGAUGGAGGAGUGGAUCUUUGGCGUCUUCAUGUGCAAAUUCGCACCUUCCAUUAUGUUCCUCAACAUGUUCAGCAGCAUCUUCCUCCUGGUCGUCAUCAGCAUCGACCGCUGCGUGUCGGUCAUGUUUCCAGUUUGGGCCCAGAACCAUCGCACUGUUAAUAAGGCAUCUGUUGUUGUUUUCAUGUGCUGGCUUCUCGCCAUCGGACUGAGCAUUCCCUCUGUCAUCUUCCGGGAUGUUAGCAGUCAUUUGGGUAGGACCAUUUGCUACAACAAUUACACAUUACACCAAAACAGUCACACAAUAGUUGCCGUGAGCCGAUUCCUUGCAGGAUUUGUUGUCCCUUUCGUCGUCAUCAUCGUCUGCUACUCUGUCAUCAUCCUCAAACUUCGAACCAACAGGAUGACCAAAAACUCUAAACCUUUCAAAGUCAUGUCUGCACUCGUCACUGCGUUCUUCAUCUGCUGGCUGCCCUACCACGUGUUUGUGCUACUUGAGCUCAACCACCAAAACUUCGACCACAGUAUUUUGACGGCAGGACUCCAAGUAGGCACAUCUGUGGCGGCAGCAAACAGCUUCCUCAACCCAGUGUUGUAUGUAUUCAUGGGCAAUGACUUCAAGCAGAAGUUCAAGAACUCUGUACUCUCAAAGAUGGAGAAUGCGAUGGCAGAUGAAGGCCGCACCACCAGCCGAUACCUGUCCAGGUCCAGCUCCAUGGACGGCAGAGCUUCUACGCACAUCUAGAGAUGAUAAUCCUAACCUGUCUCACUCAGGACACUCAUGUGACAACAAAUAUACUGUUUUUCAAAGAUGCAAUUAAUUAACACAAGAUAUGACACAGAUUCAGUGUUAAUAAGCAUUUGUGUUGCACUUCUCUACUGUUGACAGCAUACUGUAGCUGCUGUUUUAGGCUCACAAACACAUAAUGUACCUGAAGCUGAUAUCUAAAUAUAAACUUUGCUCACUGUGCAUUGCAGGGUGGGUGACAUCAAUCUCAUCCAGCAAAGUUUUCACAGCAGCAUUAGUGGAAAGUUUUGCAGGCAGUUUUAACUGCAGCACAUUUUAAUUGUAAAGUAUAAGGACUGUAAAAUAUGAGGUAAAUUUUCUGAUAACGAACUCAUAAAAAUGUAUUAUGUUAAGCUUUGUGUGAAAUUAUAUUACACAAAAGGAACACUCGAGGGGCUCCUUUCACAAAGGCAAUUUGAGUGUAUUUACGAUCAUAAUCGGUGGCAGUAGGUUGGGAAUUGCAGAUAAAUGUGCGACUCUUGCAGGGCUCUAUCAUUCUUGUGCAUGCCAUUUGUUUUGUUUAGUGAAACACGUCAAAAUGAACAGGAAAGGUAACAAUCUUAUGUUGCAGAUUUGGUGGAGGGGUCUCCAGGCGUUUUGCAGGAUGUGAGUGUUUGCUCAUCAGUUUGUAGACUGACUGUAGAUGAUUGUUGAUACAUUUGUAGAUUUGAUUGUUGUAAAGUUUUCUUUUGCUUUGUUGACCUCUGAUAUUACAUGAUAAGCACAAGACUGUGCAACUGCACAAUAUUUGAAUGUUGUAUCUGACUGACCCAAAUACGAUGUACAAAUGGGUGGAUGACAGCUGUUGAUAUGGCUGUAGUGUAGAUAUUUCUCAGGAAAUACCACACACAGAGCUAUUAUUAGCAGUCAACAAAAACAGCCUGUUGAAUAAACUUGUUUUUUUGUAGCUGUACAGUGAAUGUGAUCUGUGCAAUAAAUGUUUCUGUUUUAUGAAAUAAAGCUGUUUGAUGUUUUAAUCUCUCAGUA